CUUCGGGGGGUUUUUCAAACUGGUUUGCAAAUGACCAGAACAAAACGAACUGGACAAUAUAAAAUCGAAGGAUUAAACCCGGUGCCAUCAGUAGUUGCGUCUCUUUGUGUACCUACGCCCAGAGAUGAUGAAAGACUUAAGCGUCAUCUGCUUGUUAGUGGCGUUUGCUGCCGGUAUAGUCGACUGCCAAAAUUCUCCGGCUCUACCCCAGUCACCCUGCCCAGAAGUAUUCCGGUACGAGUCUCUAGACAGCGCGAAUAAUCUUUGGACGGGCUCCCUCGUAGCCAGAACGCCUCAUGUCCUGCACGGACUCUGGAUCAGGCUGAUCUUCAACAAGCCGGUCGACCAAAUCACCGUCGGGGAUGGUUUCGAGGCGGUACCUUUCGACGACAAACGCGAGUACCUGAUCAAAAACAGAGACCUUCUAUUACGUGGUAACCGGCCGAAAAUUCUUAAAUUUACGGUGAAAUAUGCAGGAGGCGAAGCCCCUGAGCUGAUAGAAUAUCGAUUAAACGCCGUGACUGUGUGCCCCAACCAGUUCGCGAACCGUACCGAUUUCUAUCCCAAUGACUCAGCGGCCUCAAAAUCUGAUUACCUCCAAUCCAUAACUUCAGAACAAGAAGAUAGUCAGCCUCAAGGAGCAUGCGGAGAAGCGACUGCGUCAAACGGAAUUCCUGACGUAUUUCCGUGGCAAGCGGCCGUUUUCACGAAACUCGGCAACGAAGAAAACUACACCUGCGAAGCGAUCCUAGCUAGCGAUAAGUUCCUGAUAACUGCUGCUCACUGCGUGACGUACCUUACCACACGGAUCCCACUGGUACCUGAAAGAUUGGUUGUAUAUAUCGGUAGGAACAACAUCGAUCAAAGAAACAGCGAACCGCUGUUGGUGUCCAGGAUUAUCCUCUAUCCCGGAUACCAGCCGGAGAAUUUGCUAAACGACCUGGCGCUGUUGGAGAUCAAGGAACCCGCUAAACUGAACGAAAGGAUAUCGCCAGUUUGUUUGCCUGUUCAAAAUAACGCCAACGAAUCGGAGGAGGUUCUGCCGGGGUACCAGUUGGAGAACGGCAAGUUCACGAAACUGAGCUCGCAAAAAAUAAGGAAAAUCCCACAGGAAGAGUGUUUCAAAGACGCCAAAAAUUUGAAAAGCUUCUUGGGCGACAACAAUUAUUGUGCCUCUUAUAUAGAAGGUAACGGCGCUUGCAUUGGCGACUCAGGAAGCGGUUCUAUUAGUUUGUCGAAUGGAAAAUGGCAACUUAAGGGCAUAUUAUCACUGAGUGCAGCGUUGCAAAAUGCCAAUCAAGACAAGUGCGACGCAUCCAGAAACAUAGUCCUGACUGAAAUAUCAAGAUAUUCACAAUGGCUGAGAAGAAACAUCGCCUAGAAACAUUACUCGAAUGGUUUUAAUUCUUGCUGCGAGAAUUUAAAAUUAUAACUGAAUGUGACUGGUCGUUAUUGGUUUGUCCCAAUUAAAGAAUAAAACAGUACGUUUCAAAUCGAA